CGGGGACCCGGUGGGGCGCGCCCCCUCCGCACUGCCGCCUUGCGCCCCUUCUCGAGCAGGGUGCUGCCGGGCAAAGGGAGAGGGCCCCGCGGAGGCCCGCGGGACGACCAGCCCCGAGCCCGGCGUUACCCGGACCGACCCCCAGGGAACAUGGGCGUUCUCAGGGCCGGGCUGUGCCCGGGCCUCACCCAGGACACAGUCCAGCUUCUGAGGAGCCGCGGGAUCAAGACAGUGGUGGACCUGGUUUCUGCAGACCUGGAGGAUGUAGCCCAGAAGUGUGGCUUGUCUUACAAGGCCCUGGUUGCCCUGAGAAGGGUGCUGCUGGCUCAGUUCUCAGCUUUCCCCUUCAAUGGCGCUGAUCUGUACGAGGAACUAAAGACCUCCACAGCUAUCCUGUCCACUGGCAUCAGAAGCCUAGACAAACUGCUUGAUGCUGGUCUCUACACUGGAGAAGUGACUGAAAUUGUAGGAGGCCCAGGUAGCGGCAAAACCCAGGUAUGUCUUUGUGUGGCUGCAAAUGUGGCCUAUGGCUUGCAGCAGAAUGUUGUAUACGUUGAUUCCAAUGGAGGACUGACAGCCUCCCGCCUCCUCCAGCUGCUUCAGGCUAGAACCCCAGAUGAGGAGGAGCAGGCAGGAGCUCUCCAGAGGAUCCAGGUGGUUCGUGCGUUUGACAUCUUCCACAUGUUGGACGUGUUGCAGGACCUCCGAGGCGCUAUGUCCCAGCAGGUGAGCAGUGCCUCAGCGACUGUGAAGGUGGUGGUUGUGGACUCAGUCACUGCCGUGGUCUCCCCACUUCUGGGAGGUCAGCAGAGGGAAGGUUUGGCCUUGAUGAUGCAGCUGGCUCGAGAGCUGAAGACCCUGGCCCGGGACGUUGGCGUGGCGGUAAUGGUGACCAAUCACAUGACCCGAGACAGGGACAGUGGGAAGCUCAAACCUGCCCUUGGACGCUCCUGGAGCUUUGUACCGAGCACCCGGAUUCUCCUGGACAUUGAGGAAGGGGCAGGGAUGUCAGGCAGUUGGCGCAGGGCCUAUCUGACCAAAUCUCCCCGUCUGCCAACAGGUUUCCAGGAGAUGGUAGACAUUGGAACCUGGGGGACUCCAGAGCAGAGCCCCACGUCACAGAGAGAUCAGAUGUGACUGUUCUACUGAUUGGGAAAGGGAGGGCCAUCAUGGGCCCCCCAACUCUGUGCACAGUAACACCUGCUGUUCACUGCCAUCCAGCGCUUGGGAUUCCAGUCAAAGCUCUUGGGCUGGACAGAAGAGGCAUCUCUGUUUCCGCAGCUUCUCUUUCUGUGGAAACAGAGCUACAGGCGAGAGAGGUGCUGUGGUGGAAGGACCCAGAAAUCCAUGCCGGUGCCAAGUUUUCUUCCUUGUUUCUAUCAUGUAUGUUUCCAGUGGGAGCUGAGUUCACCCUGGCUUAGGGCAUUUCUGAAGAGGCAUGCUAGUAACUGAGCAGAACCCUGUGUGUCAUCGUUGUGCCUGCACUCCAUCCUUACACAGUGACUGAGCCAUGAAGCCUCCGGCUUGCCCCCGCUUCUCUCUGUUUUGUUUGUUUUUGUUUGGGGGUUUUUGGCCUCUGUUUUUCCAUCCGUAAGAUGGAGCUCCCCUAGCCUUGUCUCUGAGGUACUAGGUGGAAGUGCCCUUGUAAAUGCAAAACCUUUAUCUAUGACAUGUUCUGAAAAAUACAAAGACGAAAUUCCCUGAGCCCCAAAGCCACCUAAUUUCCCCCCAGAAGGUUGUUUUUCAGUUUCCCCUAGUGAGGCUCCAAAGAACGGUUAUUCCUUUUUUCCCCUCUUGCCGAUUUGGUUUCACACACCUGCGUGCAUCACCAUGACUAGGUGAGACUGUGAACUCCCUGCAGUCCCAGGGAUAUAAUCUAACAGGAAGGGAGGAUGUGACCACAGUGAAUCCAGCUACUUGUUUAUUAUGCACGGUGCCUUGCAGGGCCCCUCUACAGUAUAGAGUAGCCAAAGGUGCUGAACCAUGGCCUUGCCCAUAAACAGACAGAGGAGAAUUUGCACAGUAAAUACAGCCAGCUGGGAAAAUUGAUGCUGGCGUAAAUAAUACAUGGCAAAUCUAGUCCUUUAUGCAGAAAUUCAUUGCCAGUGGCUCCGAGAUGCAAUAUAAUUACCCUUCUCUUCCUGCCAGCUGUACCACAGCCUGGUGCCCUAGUGUAUGAAAUAACCCCCCUGUCUGUUAUUGGCACUGUGGCCAUCCAUCUGAGGGCUGUAGCCGUGGCUGGGGGGGGGGGGGGGGGGGGUGGUGAGGAGGACACCAGGGAAAGAAUAAUAAAAGGCAAAGUAGAGAAAUGA